AUGUUUCGUAAGAUUGGGCCUCUUUUUCUUUUGCUCGCCAUAGGGGCGACGGCGCAGAAUUAUGAUACAACCAAAACUUUCUACGCGGCAGUCCCAUACACCCCUACGACCGGACAUUUUUCAACUUUGAGUAGCAACUCGCCGAGUUCCAGAACUGGUACUACGACAGUUCUGAAUACAACUAUCGCAACAAAACCUCUCGUUACAACGAUCACUUCCGAGGGCCUGACCAUUGUACAAACAAUAGGAUCUACAACCAGGUAUAGCACACUAAGUUCUGGAUCCAAUGGGAUGACAAGCACAGCUAUCACGAUACCUCUCGUUGCGACAAUUACUUCUGGAGGCCAAAUAGUGGUGCAGACAACCGGGUUUAGCACUAUCUAUAGCGCGCUAAGUCCAACGGUGGGUGGAGCUGCAAGCACGGCAGUUUUUACGAGUCCCCUCGUAACAACAAUUACUUCUGCAGGACAGACGUUUGUGCAGACGACUGGAUUUUCGACAAUCUACAGUGCUAUCUCGAGCAACUCAACUAGCUCGUCAAGUAACUCGGCAUCAAGUAGUGUUUUGACGCUAGCAACUACAUCUUCUACCAGCAGUGGAGCCGUUACCACUUCCUCUGCUGCAAGUCCAUCAACGGGUUCCUCGAUUAGUAGCAAUUCAGUUGCUAGCUUCAACGGUACAACUAGCUCCCCACCUAGCCCUACAACCAAAUCGAACACUCUGGGCAGUAUUUCCAGUAAAUCGAGCCUUUCAACGGGUUCUUCGAUUAGUAGCAAUUCGUUUGCCAGCAUCAACGGUACAACUAGCUCCCCAUCUGGCCCUGCAAGCAACUCAAACACUCUGGGCAGUAUUUCUAGUAAAUCGAGCCUCACAACGGGAUCUUUAUCGACUCUUAAUAUUUCGGCUUCUUCCAGCAACUUGGUCUCUCUCACCGAAGUGGUUCCUUCCACCGGCUCGACCCUCUCUACUACACUUUCGGCGGCGUCAUCCCCGAGCGUUAACAGUUCAUCUAGAAGUACCACCUCGUUUAGUACUGCUAGAACGACUGUAUCCUCAAUAUCUUCGUCCAGCUUGACAAACACUAGUACAUCAAGCACAUUCUCAUCGACUGCUAGUACAGGGACAAGAAGCUCAGAAAGCUUAGUUUCCCUCACUGGUAUAUCAAGCACACUCUCAUCGACAAACAUCUCAGAAAGCUUAGUUUCCCUCACUAGCACAUCGUCCUCUUUAAAAACUGGAGUCUCAAAGAGUGUCACCUCAUCCGCUAACGGCGUUUCCUCAACCGUUGUGCCGCCACCGGGUCAAUCCUCAACAGCCGCGCCUCCACCAUCUCCUACGACUUCAUACUCUGAUGAGGAAAUUGAUCGCUAUUUGACGAUGACUUCUUGGGACAAUUUCCUGGUCACCUCAACUCUUACGACGGAUACAGCCAUCUCAGCCAGCCAGACGUCAAACUCUGAUUGGAAGAAGAACUUUUGGCUGAAGACUCUGGUCAAUGGCCAGCCUACCGAUCUUCCUGUUGUUCACUGUGGUUGCAUCUGUAAGAAUACGUGUGAUAAUGAUGACGAUGAUGACGACGCGGCCGCCCUAUGGAUCAUCUAUUUCAACGUGCCCAAAAUCCCCAAUCUCCAGAUAUCUCUUCCGCAUCUGCCGGAUUUCCAUCUAGGUGGAUGCAUGAAGAUCAAGGUUCCGGUCAUCAAUAUCGAGAUACCAUUGAGAAAAUGUCCUCCCGUGAGCGACAACGGUAAACAUGGCCAUAAGGAUCCAGACGACCCGAAAGGAAACAAUGAAGAGCCUGACCCAAACGACCCCAAUGACCCUAACGACCCAAAGCCAUCGAAUACGCCAUCGAGUAAACAAGAGAGCUCGAAGAGUUCGACAACUUCUUCAUCAUCUAGCUCGUCAUGUUCAGGGGCUGUCGUCACCGACAGAUUUACGCAGAUUAUUUGCCCAUCUGAAUCUGCUUCGAACUGUCAAACGGCCAUUCAGACCUCCACUCGAUCUGGCUGUAGCCUAACGGGCACUGCCAAGGUAACGCAGAGUGUCAGUUCGUGUUCAGGAGGUGUAGUCACCGACUUCUUGACAAGAAUUUCCUGUCCCACUGGUGGAGCAACUGGUACACAAUGUGUUACUGCUGUCGAUACUGGUACUCGGUCAGGGUGUGAUCUGACCGGUACGGCUUCGGUUACUGUUACUGCCUCGGGCGCUGCAUGUGCCCGACAAUCAUGGCCUACAUCCUUUGGGCCGGGUGUGGGAUACUCCGCGCCUGGAUCUAAGUAUGGUACAUACACACCGCCUGCAAUAUUCGGCUCAAUUACAAUGAGCUUUUCUUCUAUGACCGUGAGCAAGAGUAGCGGAUUGACUGGAGCAACCACUGGGUCUCCUCCCACAACCCUAUCGACAGUUACGAUCAGCAAUUCAAGCUCAUCAUCUAGAACUCAAAGUAGUAAAACCUCGCCAUCGACGGGAACAGAGAGUAACACCCAGUCCACUAGUUCUUACACCUCCAAGAGUUCCACCACUAGUGCAAGUGACACUGGAAAGCCCUCUGAAUCUUCAACAGUCAACCCCAUUUCGUCCUCAACCACUCCAAUGCCAACACCAACUCAGUCCCUGAAAUGCGAAAAUAACAGAAACCAAUACUGGGUCAGCCCAGAAACCAUGGAGAAAGGUAUAACGGACUUCUGCGACGAAGCUUCUAAGGCAAAAGGUUGGGACGAUGGAGUGGGACGGUUGAACCAUAAGAGAAUCGAGCGCAUGUACAACAAAGACACAGACGACCAGGUCGUCCUCUUGAUCUCGAGCACUACGGAUGCCACCGACAAGGCAACUAUCCAAAUUAACAAAGACGAUUGCAUAUCCAACAUGACCAAAAUAUUCGAGGAAUGCCCCACCGGUCAAGACAUUCCAGGGAUUGACUGGAGACAUGGCGGAGAGUAUGUCAACGGUUAUUUAGACUGGAUUCUUGUUACCGACAAACUUAAAUAUACACCUGGCAUAUGCACCUUCAAAGUCAGUGAGAAAAUGCAGACGGUGGGCCAAGAGCACCACUGGUGGACCAAGACCUCAAUCAAUGAUGCAGCAGACGAAGUGGUUACGCCGAUGGGUGAAUACGAUGAGAUUUAUUUCGACAACAGAGAUCCGAAUAAGGUGCCGGGUUUGUAUAAAGAGCUGGAAAUAGAAGCCGGCUAUGAUACUAAUGGGGAUGAAAUGUUUCAUUUCGAAUUGGGUAACUAUCAGUUCUCCUCAAAAUUUGUCGCCCAGAAUAACGACAAGGUGCCGAGGUGUGAGGUGGGCGAAUGGAGUGAGACUGAUGGGGUGCAUACCCGAGACACGAACUGUUGGGUGUAUUGUUGA